AUGGAGACCGAAGAAACCUGCCAAUGUUCCAUGAACUCCUUGCAAAUCCUGACGGAGCUUCGUAAUGUCCACACUGUCGUGGAGCUAGGGACAAUCCUUGACUUGGUUCAUCGUGUUUAUAGCCAAGGCCAGACGAUUCUCCAGUGUAAGGACUGCAGAAACCAUCCCCCGUCGUCUUUUGUUACCAUCCCGGCCCUUGCGGAGCAGUGUCUUUGUCUCUUCGAGGCCAUAUGUUUGGCAUACGGGAUUUCGCGUCAAAACACUCUGUUUGAUCCCGGUGCGCUAGCAUUUGAACAACCUUUGCCGCAGUUCAUCUGCAUCCGGAGCAAAGUUCAGCUCGGCGAGAUGGAGAUGGAUGAAGAAGAUUCAGGAGUCCUCGUGCGGAUGCUCCUCAGUUGCAAUCUAAUCAAACUUGUGGAUCUUUUAAAAGCCCUCCGAGAGGUUCUGCGAUCACUAUCGAAGGACAAUGCACAGUCACAUCGAACGGGUCCACUGCGAACUUGUGAGUCCUCCGUCGAGUCGACCAUCCGCCGAUUUGCCCUUUUCAUGGAACAAAUAGAGCUUAUAUCCCACUAG